UGGCAGAUAUGAGGCAAUCAUGUAUGAUGCUUGGAAUAGCAAGUUUGUUGUCUAUCGGCGUUUUCGGAUUUGAAAAGCGUUGUUAUCGCAACAAUUCCGACCCUGAUGGUGUGUUCACGAUGGUUUUACGUCAGACCAAUGCAUCCGCCGAGCAAAUCAUGGCUUUGGAUACAACAAAAGCUCCAACAAAUUGUACAAGCGUUUCUGUUGAUCCAGGAGUAAACGAGUUGAUCAUCAAGUUCAACAUAACAGCACAAUCGCAAUCAUCUCCUGCUGAGAACUGCUAUGUCGAGUUUGUAUCUCCGGACAUCAAGGUGUAUGUUGCAGUACAGCAAGACAAGGACUUCAUCCAAGCCUCCGAUCAGUUUUAUUCAGCGACUUGUAACACAAGCGAUGUCGAUACCGGAUUUCUAGAACUGGACCCUAUGAACAUCACCAACAACGCAUCGUUCGUGCCAGCACCAAAUCGAAACACUUCAGUGAUUAUGGAGUUAGUCGAAGAGAGCGGUGCUGUUACUACGACACCCAUACUUGGACAAAACGUGAAAAUCAGGACAACCUAUUACUUUGACCCGACCGCCUUGUCAUCGGAAUUCCCGAGGGGCCUGCACAACUUUGAUCUGACUGUCGGACCAGAUGAUAGCAGCAAUUGGCGGAUACAGCUGAUAAAUAAUGCUGGAUGUCUUUCUAUGUCGGCCAACAUUUUCGGAGUAAGCCAGACGUAUACUUACAACGCAGCCCAAAGUGCUUCAGGCAAAAACGUUUUCGAAACAGGUACGUUCAAGGUUGUUAUGUUCGCCACUACCAAACAGCUUCACUUUACUGGGCGCUACCUGGCAGAAUGCUAUGAGAGCGAAGACAAGUGUUUCGAUCAGCCGGCUUAUUGUUUAAAUCUAAAUGGUCGAAAAAGAAGGGCAAUUGAUAUAGAAGUAAAUGGAACUUAUUCGCUGAGCGUCAACAUUGGUCUGCCAGGACAAUCAACAACUCAACAGAAUGUAGGCCCGACCAAAGACAUCAAGGCACAGGAAUGUGUCGCAGACAAGACCUACUGGAUCCUCGCUGUCGUUCUUGGUAUAGUCUUGCUGAUUGUUACCAUGGUGACCAUGUAUAUCUUCUGUCGACUGCGCUCUGAGCAACAGCGUGUCGAAAUGAUAAAUGGGAAAAACGGCUACACAAAUAAAGCUUUCUAAGAACGUAACACCUGUCUAAUCGGAUCAUAAACACAGUUUGUUUUUAUUCGAUCAAUGUGGUUUUGUUUCUUUUUACUUGCUAUUUGUUUGAUAAAAUCAGAUAAGAUAUUCGAAAAAACAAGUUAUUCAAAAUCUCCUGAAAUGUUUAUGUUCUGAAAUCUUUAUGUAUGAAAAAAGUACCAUGGCCCACAUUUGUAUCGUAAAAUAUCGCCACUUAAAUUCUGGAAUUAAGGAACUCCUUUUGUGUCCGUUGCAAAUAAUGUCACGAUAUCAUUUUAAUUUUAUACUACGUUUCCAUGGUAAGCUGUGUUUCUGUUAUAAAUCCGAAUAUUGCACACAUAUUAAUCAGAUUUUCUUUCUUGUUUUAUUGAUGUAUAUAUGUUUUUCUGAAUCAGGCGCUUAGAUAUCAAAAUAUGACAUGUACACGAAAAAAAACAUCAAAUAGAUGAAGAUCGCAAUAACUUCCCUCAGCAACAGAAUAAAGAAGGUUAAGGUUUCUUCAAGUAACAGUUCGAAGACUUGUUUCAAGCGACUUUACUAAAAGUGUUUAUUUGAAUUGUAGAUUGAUUUCUAGUUAAUAUUUAUUGGUUAUCUCGUUUUGUCUACAUCAGACUGAAAAGAGUGUUGUCAAAUUGCUUUUAUGUUUACCUUUAAUUUUAUUAUUGAAUAAACUUCCUUACAAAUAUUUUCUUGUGUCCUAUUUAUAUAAAUGCAUUAUAAUUACUUUCGUGUGUUGGCUUAAAAAUAAUUUUAAUCGAAAUUCAUAAUUAAUUUAAUAUUCUUAAGUUCCAUGCAUG